GGAACUUAUGAACUUUUACAUGAUUAACAAAUUCUCCAAAGUUCAUCUUCGAAAACGCCACCAACGUUUACAAGAAGCUGACCAAGCUACAUGGUGGGAAACUUUCAGCAAAUUAACAAAAAUUAUCCGUAAAGCCGCUCAGGUGUUGUUUGUGACGAAGAAAAUCGACCGGGAACAAAUGCACAACUUUUUUAUGUCAGUGACGGAACGUGAGGUGAUCCGAGGUAUUUUGAAGGCCCCUAAUGUUGAAGAUCACUGCCUGGCUUAUGUGAGGGAGAUCAGUAACAUCAACGUUACCUUGCUACGGUUUGCUAGCAAGUUCAUAGAUUUUGCGGCCCGAAAUGUCGACAAUGAGGCCCAAAAACUUCUCAAAGCCCUCCGCGAGAAGUUACCAAAGAAACUCCCAGAAUGCAACAUAGCACGGUUCACCGUGGAAUGGAGCGGACAAGAAGGAAUCGAUUCGGAAACCCACAGGGAUUACCUGGAAGAAUUCUGCAACCAUUUCUACCGUUCUGUCACUGGUCAGGUGACCGCAGCCAUGGAACGCCAAGAGAAACUCUCAAACGACAUAAUUUACUCAGAAACUUUGCAGCAUCUUCACGCUUGUCAACAGUUCUGUAGAAUGUUCCAAGGACGAGAAGAGGUUGUAGAAAGGGUCCACCAAUACGUGGUGGGCAAAAGUGACCAACCGUUCGUCAUGUUUGGCCAGAGCGGAUGCGGCAAGACAUCCCUCAUGGCAAAAAGCGCCAGUCAGGUAUCAUCAUGGUUCACCGGGAACAAGAAACCAGUGAUAAUCCUCCGAUUCCUCGGUACAACACCCUGCAGUUCCAGUAUUGUCCCACUGCUGACCACCUUGAGCCGGCAACUCUGCUACAUCUAUGACAUUCAGGAAGAGGAGGUUCCGGACGAACUGGCGCCUCUUAUACAGCACUUCAAGAAGAUCAUGUGUUCAGCCACGGCUAAAAAACCGUUAAUCAUUUUCCUCGACUCCCUAGAUCAAUUAUCGGCUGCUAGUGGGGCCCACGAGCUCUCGUGGGUGCCCCGAAAACUCGCCCCGAACGUCAAACUUAUUGUUUCAACGUUGCCUAAUUAUUACAAUAUCUUGGAGAAUUUGAAAACCAUUGUGGAAUCGAAGGAAAACUACGUGCAGAUUUUACCGUUGGGGCAUAACCUUAGUAGCACCAUUCUUAAGCAUUGGUUGAAAAAUGCCAAUCGAAACAUAACGAACGAACAAUGGGAAGUGGUGAACGAGGCAAUAUCGAAAUGUAAUUUGCCUCUCUAUGUUAAACUGGUUUUUGACGAAAUCUGCCGAUGGAAAUCUUACAAAAAACCCCAACCGAAUCAACUGGGGCAUUCGAUUCACGACAGCAUCACGAAACUUCUGGAAAAAAUCGAAAAUCAACACGGCAAAACACUUGUAGCGCACGCCCUGGGUUAUAUAACAGCAUCGAAGAAUGGGCUUUCGGAAACGGAACUCGAAGAUCUUUUAUCGUUGGAUGAAAAAGUUCUCAACGAUGUCUAUCAGUACCAUUUGCCACCUACUCGCCGCAUUCCGCCUUUGUUGUGGACGCGGAUAAGAAACGAUUUACCUGGGUACCUGAGUGAAAGGGAAGCAGAUGGGGUAAAUGUGAUAGGGUGGUACCACAGACAGUUCAUUGACGCAGCGAAAGAACGCUAUUUGAAGAACCUGAAUUUCGUGAGCGAAAUACACUCAAAUCUGGCGGAAUAUUUCAUUGGAACAUGGGGUGGUGGUAUUCCGAAACCUUUUGAAUACUCCGACCUUCAACGACAAAGGUUUAAUCUAGACGACAAACACGGCGAAGGGGAUCGCAAGGUACCCCUGCAACCGCUUGUGUUUAAUAACGCCGAGGGUGUAAUAGUAACCAGGUACAACCUGCGAAAACUUAGCGAGUUACCUUACUCGCUCAUUCGAUCUCAUCGUUACGAAGAUUUAUACGAAAAAGUCAUUUUCAACUACCGUUGGCUCCACGCGAAACUUAGUUCAAUGCCUCUGCAGUCUCUUCUGGCAGAUCUGGAAGACCUCCUAGAACAUACGUACGACAAAGAGGUUAAACUCAUAGCAGAUGCUAUCCGUUUGUCCAGCUCAGUGCUAAACCACUACCCAGACAUGCUCGGCCCUCAAAUUAUUGGCAGACUCUUACCUUACUAUAAUUCCCACCAGAAAAUCCACAGCCUUAUCGACCAGAGUGAAAGUGAAGGCCUAAAUAAUUGUGCCCUCAUUCCGGGUCAUCACUGUUUACAAACACCCGGCGGCCCUCUUCAGUAUUCUUUAGAAGGUCAUCCGUUCGCCCCUUUCGGAAUCGCCGUUACCACAGAUGGACGCUACGUGGUCUCUGUGUCCAACAAGUUUAUCAUAUGGGACUUGUCUUCUGGAGACGUGGUACGAACCGUUUCCCCUAAAAUCGAGGGCAUCAUGCAAAACUUAUCCAUCUCCCCCGGUGACAAAUACGCUGUCGGUUACACAAACAACAAACAAAUUGUUAUUUGUUUAAUUUACACCGGUGACUAUUACAUAAUCAACGAACCGGAAGGAAAGUUCAAAGGUCAAGUGCUCGGUGCCACAGUAUCCAACUCACACCUGGCUGUCUGGAAGGAGAAAGAAUGGUAUUUGAUGACGAUCGAAGGUAAAUUUCUUAACAGUUUUGAGUCUGAACUGAAGAUGCCGAUUUUGUUGGUAACGUUUACAGAAAAGGGUAACAACCUGGUGUUCUUGAAGAAUGAUGAUGAAGACGACAAUGCUAUGACUGUUGAAGUGUCUGACCAUUCUGUCGAACCAUUUGAAUUCCACAGUGGAAUAGUCUUGACUAAGGAACAAACUCGUUUGUACACCUGCAUUGAAAUUAGUGAUAAUGCCGUGGUUUCCUAUAAGUUAAGUGGCAACCGUUGGCGUUACGAACGGACCCUAGACAAUAACACAGAACCGGUUUUCUCGAUGGCAUUGGCCCCCGACGAAGCGUACCUUCUUGUAACAAUUCCAUUUGGUUACAAGUUGUAUGACUUGAAGAAAGACACGCAAAAAGACCUGAAGCUGCCACAUGGCGUUCGAAAUAUUCCGACUAAAAACCAAAUCAUUAGUUUAUUGGCGUUCACUAAGAACAACCAUUUUGUAGUGGCCGGAGUCAGGCGGAACCUGUACGUCUGGGACGUGAAACAAGGGAAUAUGGUCAAAGUACUGGACGCACAUUUUGGACGAAUUAUCGCCAUGGACGCUGUCCGCGGGAAGAACAAUAAAGUGAUCUCGUCUUCGAUUGACAAAACUAUCAAAGUAUGGAACUUUGACAACAUUCUCGAAGAUGUUCAUUCGAUCGAUCGUCUGGAGAAGCCAAUAGAAUCGAUGAAUAUCGCUGAAAAUGUCAACCUUUGUGUUACAACGACACGAAAUGGUGUGGGAGUGUGGGACAUGGAACGAGGUAAACUGGUGCAUAACCUACCCGGUGGGUCACACAAUUCUAUCAUCUCGAGUGCCCUCAUCACGAAAGAUGGCAAGUACGUGGUGGUUGCCGAAUCGGUUGGGGUGGUCGUGUGGGACGCCAAAACUGGGAAAAUGAUGAAGAAAAUUAACCAGGCCAACACACAGGUAGUCCUGCUCAAUGAUGAUAAUACACGAGUGAUUAGUUUUUCGGUGGUCAGUGAAGAGAAAGGCCACGGCUCCUGUUUUAUAUUUCCAGACGGAGACGAAGUUUAUAAAUUUGAUUAUGCGAUGAAGAAAUUUCUCAAGCCUGUAUUGACUUGUAGCAGUCUUCAACUCGCAGUUCCUGCAACGGACAAAAGCUGUGAUACCAUUAACAUCUACAAUGCCAAGACGGGACAUCUCCAGUUUACCAUGCAGUUGAAAUAUGCUAACUACAAAGACAUACAAGAGGUGGUGGCCAUGCCGCACGAGGCACACCAAAUUGCGGUGGUCGACUGCGAAAAGGGGAACAUAAUUGACCUGAAGAAGAAAACCUUAAUCCGUUCUGUGAUGCGUUGGAACGGAAUGUCAACAAAAAACGGUAAACACGGCUUGUAUGCUCCUUCAAGAGGAGGCAUGGAACUCCUUGAGUUGAAACACGGCAAAACAAUUCGGACAUUUAUUCCGAAAGUUGCUGAAGGAGUUUUCAAUAUCCAAGUGUUUUUCGCGAAGAAUGACCAGCACGUGGUGUAUUACCAUUCCGGUCGGAGAACGAUUCGCGUCUUCCGAGUAUCUGAUGCCAAAAGGAUAGCCAAUUUCAAAACGCAUGCUGCCUUAAACACGAUGGCCUGCAACGCUCUGGGAACAUCGAUUGUGAUCGGUGCCGUUGAUGGCAGUGUGACAUUGCUUACCAUUGCGGACCCUGAGUAUCAAGAAAAUUUGGACUACCUCCGAGCGCUACCUGCUCGACAGGCACUUCCUGUGCAACCCCCUCUCCUUGACGCCAAUGGCGAAAUUAUUUCAAGCAAGGACCAUUUUGGGGCGACUUUACACAUCAGUCGAUUUGUGGCCAAAGCUGGCCUCGCAUCACAGAAACAGCAGUCGAAGGCUUGUGCCCUAUCUUAAAAGGCCUCGCUCUAUAGAAACCAUUCUAAGUUGCAGGAAAUGACGGUGAGAUUAAGGAAGCUGCGCUGAAUACCAGAGUCAUCAUCAUCAUCAUCAUCAUCAUCAUCAUCAUCAUCAUCAUCAUCAUCAUCAACAUCAUCAUCAACAUCAUCAUCAUCAUCAUCAUCAUCAUCAUUAUCAUCAUCAUCAUCAUCAUC